AUGAGUUUAAAUGAUCCAGAAUUAACUAGAAUAGAAGUUAUUGAUUCAAAUUUAAAAGAGUUGUUAGAAGAAAUUAUUACAAAUGAAUCAAUUGAUGAGAUAUCCAAUCAAGAAGGUGGUGAAUUAAAUAAGCUAAAAGUAACAGAAAGGGUCAAAUGCCAUCAAAAAAAGUUUUCUAUCAAUCACAAUAAAUCCUUAUUGUUAUUUGCUUUAUUUUCUGAUGAAUUUUUACAAGCAAUUGAUUUAGUAUUUAGAGGGAUCAAUAAUGAUGAUGAAUUGGAAUUAACGAAUUUGGAUUGUGCUGAUAAUUUAUUUAGGUCUAACUCAAUAAUACAACCCGAAAAGAAAAAACUCGAUCAUAGUGUAACUCAAAAUCCAUUAUCAAAAGUAGAUCGAUUAAUUGACGCUAGACUUUCCUUUACUAUUGGGGAAAAGGCCCAUAGCUCCUGUGAUAAUAAUGAUCAAUUUAUAGUUGAUUUUCAUAAUUGGUAUUGUGAUUGUAAAAAUUAUCAAUCAAAAAUAAGUAACAAAUCUACAAUACUUGACAAAUCAAAAGACGAAAUUCGUUUAUUUAAUGAGAAUAAUCAAAAGAAUUUAUUAUGGCAACUCAUAUAUAAACUGAAAUGUAAUCAAUUAUUACCAAUUCCUUAUUGUUGUCACUUAAUUAGUGUAUUGAUCAUACUAUAUAACCCUGGUUUGUAG